UUUGGAGAUCACCAGCUCACAUUUUGUAGAUCCCGUCCCGGGGAAAUGCCUAUUGUCACAUAGGAACACUCUUGAGACUUGGAACUCAAGUUGUUAAAGGGUCCCUUUACAAUAUCGCUUCUAUGGCCUCUUCGGAUAUCGUUCCAACUAUCCCCAUUCGGGUCAUUCUUCGUGUUCGUCCAAUAGAAAGUGAAACCGCACUUUCCGUUGACCCCCCCUCUAGUUUAACUCUCCGUACCCCCGCGCUCCGAACCUUUUCCUACGAUGCUGUUUAUGACUCCACUGUGGGCCAAGAGGACGUUUGGGACGGGGUGCGGGGGGCCGUGGAAGGGGUGUUGGACGGAAUAAAUGGAACCAUUUUGGCUUAUGGGCAGACAAGUAGCGGGAAAACGUUUACGAUGGGAUCGGAUCACACUGGUAGCGUGGGAAAUGAGAGAAAGGGUAUCAUACCAAGGGCUGUUGAGUGGAUAUUUGAUCGAGUUGAGGAGAGAAAGCGCACGGAUGCAAUGGUCAACUACGCAGUCAGAGUUUCAUUUCUAGAGAUAUACCAGGAACAGAUCCGUGACCUUCUCAUGCCAUCCAGUGAUCCAAAAGAUCUAUCUAUUCGAAAAGAUAAACAUGGCGUCACAAUAGUUAGUGGGCUAUCACAAGUCAUUGUAUCAACGGCGGAAGAAGCGCUGGGGCUUUUAGAGUCGGGCGCCAUCGAGCGUACUACAGGAGACACGCAAAUGCAUCUCAAAUCUAGCCGCUCCCACGCUAUAUUUAUGCUGAUGGUUGAGCAGCUGGCACCGGAUGGCGCAGCCCUGCGGGUAUCAAAACUCUGCCUUGUAGAUCUAGCUGGGUCAGAAAGACUGAAGCGUACUGGAGCAGCGGGUAUACGGUUCAAAGAAUCUGUCAAGAUCAACACUGGUCUCCUUGCCCUUGGAAACGUAAUUAGUAGGUUGGGUGACGGGAGUCCGAUCAAAGACAGACACGUACCGUACCGUGAAUCAAAGCUAACAAGGCUGCUACAGGAUUCACUUGGUGGAAAUGCCAAGACGGUGAUGAUUGCGUGCGUUAGUCCGGCGGUUGAAGAUGUGGACGAAACUCUAAAUACACUCAAAUAUGCCCAUCGCGCGCGGAAAAUCCAAAACAAACCAAUCAUCAAUGUCAUUGACCAUCAGGCAGUUAAAAUGGUCUCCAUGCAAGAGAGAAUCGACUUGCUUGAAGGGCGUCUGAAGGGAUUCAAAGAGGCAAAACCGGAGGAUGUUCUCGUAGAUGAUGACGAAGACGAUACGGACGGAGAGUGGAUGAAAGGAUUUGUCGAAGAGCUGAGAGUACGCACCUCCAAAGCAAAUCGCGCUCUUAAGGAACUGGAAAUAGUUACUCGGGAAAGAGAUGCAUUAGCUGAGCGCAUCACAGAGUUAGAGGACCAUCUUCGCGAUGAGUAUUCCGAACUACAAGCAAGCCAUCAGGAAGAAUUAGACGAUCUUCUUCAGGAACGCGAGGUUCUAAAUCAACGUGUGGCAGAAUUGGAGACAGAGACGCAGAAUCUAAGGACGGAGAAAAAUGAGGUCGUUCGCGAUGCCGGCUUACUUGUAGAUGUGGUGGUGGGGAUCCUAAGUGGCCAAAAUGUUCAAGUUGGGGACGGUGUCAAAGGCGUAGUCAAAAGAUGGAGGCCAGAUUCGGGGAUUUGUUUGGAGAGAUUCGAUAAGCCCAACGAUGCGGAGAAUGCACAGUUCGCUGGUACCGACGUUCCCUGGCCAGGCUCCCUGAUGCCGCUGAGUCAAAGUAACCCUGAGACGCCAGAUAUAACCAUCUCACGCCCGUCAUCUGCCGGAUCUGGAUCUGGCCGAGGGUAUCAAAGGCGAAGAAUUCGGAAAGUAAGUAUGCCAGAUCCUGCCAAUGCCGCGCUCAUCGAUCGCCAGCACGCGGCUAUCAGACGGCUAGAAGACGAGUUGUUUGAUAGUGAGGCGGAGGUAAAACGAUUAAGAGGUUGCUUGGACGAGCUACGGGAAGAAAAAGGACGAAUAAUUGAGAGAAUGGAAAGAGUUAAUUCUGAAGUCAUCAUGGAAAACGAUGCCUUACAUGCUGAAGUUGAACGGUUGCGGAGAUCGCGGGACCAUGCUUCAGUUCCAAACGAGGAUCAUCCUCCCGAUGACGCUAAGAUAACUGAUGUUCCAGGCGAAGCUGACCGCUCCCCGGAUGAAACCGUGAAUGACGAGAGCAUCCAAAAGGCUAGUAGACGCUGGCCCCUAGACCCAGAAAAGCUGAUGGAUGAGAUAUGGGUCGAGAACGAACGAUUAAGCAGAGAGCUGGACAUGGACGACCAGACCGAGUCUGACGCCUUCAUGAACGAAGGCUCAGAUGCUGACGAGGACGACCGCACGGAAAUCGGCGACGAAGAAGACGUCCCUCAGUCGAAAAACAACACUGUAUAUGACGCUGAGAACGAAGGAUCGGAUAUGUUCCCUGUACACACAAGCGAGAAUCACUCGUUCCCUCCUGUUCCCGAUGCUCAGAUCGCAGAGGCAGCACCCGUUCCACAAGCUCAAACCCAGCUCCUACGAGAGCUAGAAGUUGCGAAUAAAGCUAGAGUGGAGGUAGCAAGAGACUUGACGAAAGCUCAUAAGCAAGCUGAGCGUCUACGUCAUCACCAUGCGGAACGGAUCCAGAAACUUGAACGUGAACUCGAUCACGCAAGAUCGGAGAUCACAAAGACCCGAUAUGAAGUUGGAGAGAAAGAAGCUGCGAAAGAAAAGCUGAAGGACGAUUACGAACGAAAAGUUAAACAGUUGGAAACUCAGGUUUCCAAACUAAAAGCCAAGCAGAAAGACUGGGAGAAGCUUAGCAAAGAAAAAGAGUUUGCGGAUCGCAAAGCGCAAGAUUUAAGGGAAGAAGUGACCAAAUUAGGACACCAAAUUGCUGCAUUGAAAAAGAAGAUUAAGGAAGAAUCAGAAAAGGCAACUGAAUUAGAUUCUCGGCGUGCGAAAGAAGUUGCAUCUUUGAAGAAACAACAUGAAGAAGAUAACCGAAAGAUCAGGCAAUUGGAUCAGCAAAAUGAGGUUUUACGAAAGAAACUAGAUCGGAAAACGGAAGAGAUGUCGGCGUUGAAGGGACGGAAGGAUGGCAGAGCAAAGAGUGCCGGUCCAGAAUUGCCGGAGAGACGGUCGAAGGCCGCUGAUACACGCCACGAGAAGGCCGAGGAAACUGUAUUAUCUCAGGAUGCUGUUGAGCCACUGGAAGUCAAUGCGGAACAUAUCGUGGAGAUUGAGCGGUCAUUGCAGGCGCGAGCAAAAGAAAUGGAGAAUUUUAAGCAAUAUCAUGCCAUCAGCACACAGCUUCGAGAGCUGAGACUCGCUGUAGGUGGUCUCGACAGAGAGCUGGAGGAGGGGGAGCUAAUUUUGGAGGACCUGAGCCCAGAAGAUGAGAUGCGACAGGCCGUCGAAGAGCGUGUGGAAGAAAUUAGACAAGAAAGGGACGAGUUGGCAGGGCAAUUGGAGGACCUUAAACGGGAAAAGAAGAGUGCAGAAGCGUUACUAAACACGGAUGAGUCAAAAGACGAACAGGUACCUGAUGAUAUCGACUACAAAGCGCUAGUAAGGGAGUUUGGAAACAGAACGGAGAUUGUAGAGCUCUGUGAAGAUCUGAAAUCUGCGACGCUGCCUGAAGCUCGGUCUCUGGUGAUCAAUUGCCUCCGUGAGCUGUCACGGCUGCAGAAUCUCGUGGACGAAGGAAACACUGAAAUGGGCAAUGGUCGAACCGAGAGUCAAAGAAAUCGUCCUGUGCGGGACAUUGAGACGCAAACAGACAGCUCCAUCAACGCGCAAGACGCUGAGAAGCUCGCCCAUGAUUUGGCAAAUUACCGAAAAACAAAUAAAGACCUCCGAAAUAAACUGAAAGAGGUCGUUGCAGUAAAUCACAAACUCGCUGCGGCAUUAGAAAAAGAGAGAAGGGACAGAAGACAGGGAGGUGACGAGCAAGGUUUUCGGAUAAGCGCUAAUGUACGACCACCGCAAAAUGUGAACGCAGUGUAAAGCAUGCAACGAAGAAGACCAGUUCACCAGUAUUAAAUUAUAUUUUUAUCUGUACAAAAUAAGAGUGUGAUUGUACAAAGUCCC